AUGGCUCAUCAAGACCACACUUAUUUAUUCACACCAACAACAAACAUUCGGAUCGGUCUUCUGGUGGCUACAAUAGCAUCAGUUUUAAUGAUGAUUGCCUGUUGCAAUGAAAUAGUUUUUGCAAGUCAUGAAAUUGCAACUUCGGGAUCAUUAUUGCAUAGUCGAUUGGAUAUUGAAGUGAAAGCUACAUGGAAGGAGACUCCAUUAUUGUUGGAAGCUUUUGAGUUUGUUGCUGAUAAAUUACCUGAAAAGAGAAUUUCGUUUUUACAUUCCAUUCCGUGUGAGAAUGUGGAUCGUCAAGACAAAAGUUUUGUGCUGGAUUUGGCAAAGAAGUUGAAUUUUUCAAAUGGAGAGGCGUCACUUCUCGAUUUUGCUCUAGAUACGAGACACUAUUCGCCCAGAGUUAAAGUUCAAUACACAAAGAGCAUUAACAUCUCCACUACCAACUUGAAUAUUCCAGUAGAAAAGUCGGAAGAGAGCAUUGAAUAUCUAGAUCAUACAUUUAACACAAUGGGUCAAAAGAAAAUUAAUUUCCUUUUUGCUGACAUUUCGACAAAAGAUGGCUGCAUGGCUGUACAAAAAUAUAUUUCUUCUGAUAGCAUUCCUUUUGUAUUGAGGCUGGUUCGAUUAACCCAAGAUGGCGUAAUUGAUCAAGAGGAAACAGUGAAGGAAACAUACAUGAAGGAAGAAGACCAUUCGCAUAACCAAUUAUUAUCUAUUAGGGGUUAUGGUGUCGAGUUACAAAUCAAAAAUAUGGAGUACAAACAAACUGCUGAUGACGAUGUUGUUAGUGGAAACGACACCUUCUUUAGAGGUGUUAAUUUUAACAAGCUGAAGAAAAAUUAUUCUCACCUUUCUCAUGAUUUGGACACUCUCAAGCUACAUCUCCAACAAAAAGACUCAAAAUCGGAAAAACUUAAAGUAUGGGAAAUGAAAUAUUUUGGUAUUCAAGCUUUAACAAAAAUUAUGGCAGAAUCUUCAUUUGAUUCCAAGUUGGAUCUGCUACAAAAUAUUGCACAAAAUUUCCCAAGUUAUUUGAAAGAGCUAAAGAACACUGCAUUUGACGACGAAUUUAAAGAAAAGGUGCAAUCUCAACUCUCUAGAUAUGAACAUGUUUUCAAGACUCGAAAUCCUAACAAUCCUCAGGAGGUAAUCAGACGAAAUGCUAUGUUCUUGAAUGGAUUAGAAUUGGAUUUAUCAAAGCUUUCUGUCUUCUCUCUGUUCGAAGCAAUUGCUAAAGAAACAAAAUUUGUCAAGUUGCUCUCUUCGAACCUCUUCCAAAGCAAGAACUCCAUUAAUGCUCUGUUUUAUAAUUCUGGUUCUCCCAAUAGAGAUCUUCGAUUCAAACUUUCCAAAAACCUGGAAAAAGAAAUCCAUUGGUUCAACAACAUUGAAGGAGAGGGUUAUCAUAACUUUCCAAGAGAGCUCAACACCAUGCUCUAUAACACCAUGUAUGGCCAAAUGCGAUUUGUUAAGAGAAAUUUGUUCAAUGCCGUUUUCAUUAUUGAUCCUGCCAGUACCCAAAAGAGUGUCAGCCAACUGCUUUAUAUUUUAGGUAACAUUAUGAACAGAGGUUAUCCCAUUCGAAUUGGUGCCCUAUUUAUUCCAAAAGUAACUUCCUCUUUUGUGGAUGUUGAUUUAUUGGGCUCCUCAACGACACCUCCAUCUGGCAUUAUUGACGAUCUUUCUUUACAUGCCAUCUCAUUAUUCGAGAGAAUGACAAAAGAAAACAGAGCCAUAUUCCCAAUUUUGAGAGAAUUUUUGGACAGAGAUUCUUUUAACAUACAAUUUGUUGACGACCUUCAAAAGAGAUACUUUGGCUCUGUAAAGCUUUCAAAACAAUCCGAUUUACUCAAUAGAUACAAGCUCUUCACAGAGAUGGGCUUUAAUGUGAAAGAAGCUCCAAUAUUGUUGGUGAACGGAGCUGUCGUUCAAUCCGAUGAACCAGAUAUGACAGGAGAUCAACUUGUUCUUAAGGGCGUCAGAGAUCAAUACGAGAGUGUUAAAAACCUCAUCCGAGAGAAUAUUAUUGUGGACACAGACAAGAAUUUACUCGAAAAAAUUAUAGACCACUACAAAGGAUUCGACAAAUUCAACACUGACAUUUUCCAAAAACAGAGAUAUGGCUUAGUGGCGCUCGAUGAAUUGAACGAAAUUGACAUGCUCCAAAAUCCUGAGGGUGAAGGAAUUGUUAAGCAAACCCAUCUCAUUUGUCUCUCAGCAUCACGAGAUUCAUCAUCACUUAUCAAUGCUGCAAUUGAAUUUUUGAAACAUGACAAGGAAACAAGAAUUGGCUUCCUGAAUGCAGACAAGAAAUUGUUGAAUACUCACCACAAGUUCCACAGCAUAUACUCACCUGCCUAUGAGACACAAAACACAAAAUUAACUCACAAGCAAUUCUGUGCCAAAUAUUUCUCUAGCGAUGAAACUGGUAUCAUUUCCAUGAAUGGAAGAACCAUUACACUCGAUGGAGAGUUUAGCACCAAAGACUUUGAGAUUUUAGGCGCCUAUGAAAGCACCAAUCCAUCCAUGAAGAAGAUUCUGGAAGAAAACGAUUAUGCCAACAUGGAUCCUGCUCUGGUGACCAGUGAUUUUAUUAGUGAUAUCUUUUUCGGUGUUUCUUCUGCAUUCAAAGUGUUUAAUCGAUACCAUAGACAGGAUAUGAAUUAUAUUCAAGCAAAUGAUGCAACUACCUUAAAGACAAACAAUAGUGGAGAUCUCAAACUUAUUGCAAUUUUGAAUCCACUUUCCAAACAGGCUCAAAAGUUCACUCCAAUGAUCAAGUUCCUUAAGGAAAAGUUUGGUGAUCACAUUGAAAUUAUCAUUCAUUUGAAUCCAGAUCUGGAAACGUCGAAUCUUCCUCUUCAAAGCUAUUAUACCUUUGUCUUGUCCAAUUCAAGCAUGGCUGAAUUUACGGCCAAGCAUGGUGACGUGAAGGGCCGAAUUUUUACACUUUGGAUGGACGUACCAGAAUCGUGGCUCGUAGACAGCACCUAUGCAAAAGAAGACUUGGACAAUUUGAAGCUGGAUGAAUGUGUUCUAAGCAAGUGUUAUGCUCGCUUCCAACUUGAAUAUUUCGUUGCAUCUGGAACCUGUAUCGAUGACAAUGGCAGACCUGUUCGAGGACUACAGUUGCAACUUGUUCACAAACAUGGAACAAGUUCUGACCGAGUGGAUGACACAACAUUGGUCAUGGCAAACUUUGGAUACUUCCAAUUACGAGCUUCUACACCAAACAUCUAUCGUGUCAAGUUACCACACGGCAGACACUCUAAAAUUUAUUCCAUCCAAUAUACGAAACAAGUGGACUUUUAUUAUCAAGAAGAACUUCAAACAUCGGAUGGAUAUGGACCAGCUGAUACUGAAAAUUUCCACAUUUCUGUUCACUCGUUUGAUGCUCCAUUUGCUAGGGUAGUUGUGAAACGAAACGAAGGAAUGGAAAAUGAGGAUUUAUUGGCUCAAGAUCCACAUAUGGAUGAAGAGCAAUCCAGUUGGUCCUCAUGGCUCACAAAAUCUGCUUCUUCUUCGGACGGCAAAAAGACCAUUCACAUCUUUUCAUUGGCAUCAGGAAUCAUGUAUGAAAGAUUACUCAAAAUUAUGAUUCUCUCUGUGAGAAAACAUUUGAAAAGAAGUGGAGUCAAAGUCAAAUUUUGGUUCCUGAAACAAUUCUUGUCACCAUCGUUUAAACAAUUUUUACCAGAAUAUGCAAAGGCAUACAAUUUCGAAUAUGGUUUGAUUAGUUAUCAAUGGCCUCAUUGGUUACACAAGCAACAAACAAAGCAACGUUUGAUUUGGGCCUACAAGGUGCUCUUCCUCGAUGUACUGUUCCCUCUGCAAGAAGUUCACAAAAUUAUUUUCGUUGAUGCUGAUCAAGUCUGUAGAACAGACAUGUCCGAGUUGUUCUUUGAUCUCGAUAUGCAAGGAAAAGCAUUGGCAUACACACCAUUCUGUGACUCGAGAAAAGAGAUGGAAGGUUACAGAUUCUGGAAGAGUGGAUAUUGGUCGAAUCAUCUUGGAGGCAAACCAUAUCACAUCUCUGCACUUUAUGUGGUGGAUAUUGAUUUAUUCAGAAGAAACUAUCAUGGUGAUCAAUUCAGAAUGGUCUAUGACAAUCUCGCUCGAGAUCCUAAUAGCUUAUCGAAUUUGGAUCAAGAUCUUCCAAACUAUGCUCAACAUAAUGUGCCCAUUCGUUCACUUCCUCAAGAAUGGUUAUGGUGUGAAACUUGGUGUUCCGAAGAAAGUAAGACAAAAGCUAAAACCAUUGAUUUAUGUAACAAUCCAAUGACCAAGGAACACAAAUUGGCCAGUGCAAAGAGAAUUAUUCCUGAAUGGGUGGACUAUGAUAAUGAAAUUAAGGAAUUCCAAAAGAAAAUUGGUGCUCAUUAA